UAUUAUCGCGGGAUUCAAUAGGCCAAUGGUCUGGAUCAGCGGGAAGUGGGCCCCACUAUCGAAUUGAAAACCCGCCUGUUUUUUUACAAACGACCCUGUCACGCUCUCCUCCGUCGUUCCCUAAAACCCAGAAAAUUAGGGUUUAUGGCGGAGAAUCGAAGCAAGACAGAAGGAGAUGGCUCUGAAACCCUAAAGCGAUCUUUCUCCAAUGGCUGCUCUCCGAUUCAUUCCGCUCACAUUCCAAAUCCUUCGUCACAAUCCCUUCGAGUACUCCGAAAGUACCCCUAAAACCCUCAACCUCUCUGCCCCAGCAGCAUGAGCAGACGAUGGGCAAAGAUGGUAUUUUCUCGAUCACCCGCCGUCUUCAAUUCAAUCCAAUCCAACCGUUGCUUCCUGCCAAAACCAUCCCGCUUUCAUCCAUUCAAAAACCGCCGCCUCAAUUUCUGCAGCACCAACAGUAGCAGUAGCUCCUCGGAGGACGAUUUGAACGGAUUGAUCGAUCCCGAUUUCUCCAUUAUGUCAAAUGGGGCAUCAGUCUCCCCGCAGCGAGAGAACCGGGGUGGUGAAUCCGUCUCUGCGGAGGAUUUCGCCUUUUUAAAUGAUGCCGUGUUGGAUUAUGAUGCAGCGGAUGUGAAUUCUUCUUCUUGUAAGUACUCCGAUGAAGCCAUUUCGAUCUCCAAUGCAGUUCGAGACAUUGGUGCGGAUUUUGAUGUCGGAACUGAGAAAUUCCUUAGGCAGUUUAGAGAUAAAUUGGAUGAUUCAUUGGUAACUGAUGUGUUGAAGCUGCUCGUCAAAAGUCCUGAAUCAGGGGUUCGGUUCUUCAUCUGGGCUGGCCGCCAAAUCGGGUACCGCCAUUCGGGUCCAGCUUAUGAUGCCCUGUUAGAUAUUCUAGGAUUUGGAAGAAGCAGCAGAAUACCUGAACAUUUUCUCCGAGAAAUUAGUGAAGAAGAUCCUGAAAUCCUUGGGAAAUUGCUCAAUGUUUUGAUUCAGAAGUGUUGCCGGAAUGGGUUUUGGAAUGAGGCCUUAGAAGAGCUCGGAAGGCUCAAAGAUUUCGGGUAUAAGCCAUCGAAGACGACGUACAGUGCAUUGAUUCAGGUUCUUUUGAAGGCCGAUCGUUUGGAUUCGGCUUUUCUAGUCCAUAGAGAGAUGUCGGAAUUAGGAUUUAGUAUGGAUGGUUUCACAAUGGGUUAUUUUGCUCGUUCACUUUGCAAGGCCGGAAGGUGGAGAGAAGCUCUGGGUAUCAUUGAAAAGGAAGAUUUUGUGCCUGAUACUGUUAUUUAUACGAAAAUGAUUAGUGGGUUGUGUGAAGCUUCGCUUUUUGAAGAAGCUAUGGCUUUCUUGAAUAGAAUGCGUUCAAAUUCCUGUAUUCCGAAUGUUGUGACGUAUACAAAGCUGCUCGACGGGCUUUUGAGGAAAAGACAGCUUGGUAGGUGUAAGAGAGUUCUUAGUACGAUGAUAACGGAGGGCUGUAAUCCGAGCCCUUCAUUGUUUAAUUCUCUUGUCAAUGCAUAUUGCAGCUCGGGGGAUUAUUCCUAUGCCUACAAGCUGCUCAAGAAGAUGGUGGGUUGUGGCUGCCCACCGGGCUAUGUAACAUACAAUAUCUUGAUUGGGGGUAUUUGCGGGAAUGAGGAUUUACCGAGUUCUGAUGUUUUGGAACUGGCCGAGAAAGCAUAUGCAGAGAUGUUGGAUGCUGGGAUUGUUCUGAAUAAGGUGAAUGUGGGCCAUUUCGCCAGGUGCCUUUGCAGUGUGGGGAAGUUCGAGAAGGCAUUCACUGUCAUUCGAGAGAUGAUGAGUAGAGGCUUCAUACCUGAUAGUAGUACGUAUUCGAAAGUGAUCAGUUUUCUCUGUCAGGCUUGUAAAGUGGAAAAAGCCUUUCACUUAUUUGAAGACAUGAAGAAGAACGCUCUCGUUCCUGAUGUCUAUACUUACACCAUUUUGAUUGACAGUUUUUGUAAAGUUGGGCUUAUUCAACAGGCUCGUAACUUGUUUAAUGAAAUGGUGAGAGAUGGUUGUGCUCCAAAUGUGGUGACUUUUACUGCACUUAUACAUGCAUAUCUCAAGGCGAGGAGAUUAUCCGAGGCAAAUGAGCUUUUCGAGAGUAUGCUUACUUUGGGUUGCACUCCAAAUGUCGUCACAUACACUGCUUUGAUCGACGGACAUUGCAAGGCUGGAGAGCUUGAGAAGGCUUGCCAGAUUUAUGCUAGGAUGAGAGGGAGCAGAGAUGUUCCGGAUGUUGAUAUGUACUUUGAAGGUGAUGCUAGCAGCAACACAGAGCCAAACAUAUUUACAUAUGGUGCAUUGGUUGAUGGCUUAUGCAAAGCCCACAAAGUGGUUGAGGCUCAUGAUUUAUUGGAUGGAAUGUCAGUGGCUGGUUGUGAGCCGAAUCACGUGGUCUAUGAUGCUCUUAUUGAUGGGUUUUGCAAGGUUGGGAAGCUAGAUGAAGCCCAGGAAGUCUUCGUCAAAAUGUCUGAACGUGGGUACAGCCCAAAUGUAUACACAUAUAGCUCAUUAAUAGAUAGAUUGUUUAAGGACAAAAGGUUGGAUCUUGCUUUGAAGGUCUUGUCUAAAAUGCUCGAGAACUCCAUUGUUCCCAAUGUCGUUACUUACACGGAGAUGAUAGAUGGGCUAUGUAAAGUGGGGAAAACUGAUGAGGCAUACAAGCUUUUAGUGAUGAUGGAAGGAAAAGGUUGCCACCCUAAUGUUGUGACGUAUACUGCUAUAAUAGAUGGUUUUGGAAAAGUGGGCAAAGUUGACAUGUGCCUUGACCUUUUGAGACAAAUGACCGGAAAGGGUUGUGCUCCUAAUUUCAUUACAUAUAGGAUACUAAUAAACCAUUGUUGUGCUUCGGGCCUUUUGGAUGAAGCUCACAAGCUUCUAGAGGAGAUGAAACAUACUUACUGGCCUAAAUAUGUAGCGGGAUAUCGUAACGUGAUCCAAGGGUUCAAUAGAGAGUUUUUAGUCUCACUUGGGCUUCUGGAAGAGAUAUCAAAGUAUGAUUCAGUGCCACUUGUUCCUGCUUACAAUAUUCUGAUUGAUAGCCUUUGCAAGGUUGGAAGAUUGGAGGAGGCACUGGCAUUGCAUAAAGAGAUAUCUACCUCUUCGUCAGUGUGUUUGCCUAUUGUUGGCAAAAAUAUGUAUUGUUCUUUGAUUGAGAGCCUCUGCCUUGCAUGUAAGGUUCAAAAGGCUUUCGAGUUGUACAGUGACAUGACCAGAAGGGGCUACAUUCCUGAAUUGAGUCUCUUCGUUUCCCUUGUUAAAGGGCUUAUCAGGGUGAACCGGUGGGAUAUAGCCCUUCAGCUUUCAGAUAGCAUAUAUCGCAUGCAGGACAUCCACUGGCACUCUAAGGAAGAGGCUUUUGAGGGGAGCUAGGACUUAGGAGUCUUCCGAUCAUUUCGUUAUUUCCUCCCAUUUGAGUAAAAUGGCGAGCUGAGAAUGAGUUCUUGACACUCUUCUUUUCUGCAAGCCUGCAUGGUUUCAACAGUUAACAUUUGAAGAGGCAGUCCAAUUAGCCUUGCUGGGCCGAACAAGUGAAAUCAUUUGACAACUCACCAGGUAGCGUGGUUUGUUAUCAUUGGAUCAAGGCUCGGAGGGUGUUUCAGUGCUUUCACAAAGCAGUUAUUAGAGAACUCUUGCCGUUGUUGGAAAUGGUUUUCUGCUUCUAUACUGUUUACUGAUCAUUACAAGGUGUCAUGGCUUUGUUCAUGUGGAAUUCUAGGAAGCUCACAGAACUUAGGGCCUGUUUGAAUUUCCAAACCAAUGGUAAAUACAUGGGAAAUGGUUAAUAAUGAUUUCCUUGAGUAAUUACAGUAGCAAUACCAAUGCUUGAUUUGACGCUUGCUUUUUUCGGCACAAAAACCGAUGAUGAUGUGAAAUAUCUGUGGGGCCCACGGUGAUAUAUGUGGCUUAUCCACACCGUCCAUCCAUUAUCCCAGCUGAAAUUAGGGCAUCAUCCAGAAAGAUGAGGAAGAUCCAAAGCUCAAGUAGGCCACACCACAGGAUUUAGGAAAUCAAAUACCUACCUUUAAAAACUUUUUUGGGGCCACUGUUUCCUUUGGUGUGGGUCACUCGAGUGUUGGAUCAGUCUCAUUUUUUAGCUCAUGCCUCAAAAUGUUAUGCUAGAAUGGAUGGACGGCACAGAUGCAUCAUACAUAUCACAGUGGGGCCCAAAAAUUUAAACCAGUCCAUUUUGACCAAUUUUCCAAGCACAAAUACAUAUGAAUUUUCAAACAGGAUGUAAGAGUAAUCAUUACUUAUUUACAGUGUAUUUACAUUGGAUUUGGAAAAUCAAACAUGCCCUUAGUGUUCCUGCACGGGGGUUUCCCAGUCAACAGUUUUUUUUCUACCAUGAGGGGGCAAGGUAUAUCACCCCCUUUAAGGAGAGGAGAUCACACAUGCAAGUUAGAUGUCAAAUACGGCUUUUCUAUAUUUUUUUUUCUUCUUAAUAUAUUUAUUGAAGUGCCAUGAUUAUUUAUUUUCAUGUUUGAUCAGAAUCAUUGUAUUCAAUUCAUAUCCCAAAGGGAGGGAAUAGUUUGUGGCAAUAUAAAAUACCUGUUCUUUCCCGUGUUACAUUGAUUUUAGACAGAUAUGCAGGGCCUGAUACCAAUUGAUUCCAUAUUCAACAGUAUAA